AUGACGGCCCCGUCCAACAACAACCAGUUGGAGUGUGGCAACGGAGCAGGCCGGCGGGAGAGGGAGUGGGAGAGGGAGAGGGAGAGGCAGCGGGAGAGGGGGAGAGACAGGGACCGAGACUGGGACCGAGAGCGACUAGAGAGGGAGCGCGAGAGGGAGAGGAACCGGGAGAGGGAGCGCGAUCGGAGAAUAGAGAGGGAGAAGAUAGAGAGGGAGAGGGAGCGAGAGAGGGAGAGAGAGCGGGAGAGGGAACGGGAGAGGCUGGAGAACGAGAGGUCGGAGAGAGAGAGGGAGAGGGAAAUACAGGCCGCAGGUCUAGACGCUUGCGGGAACAUUGUGGGACGAGGAGCCAACGAGAAGAGCAGCGUCGGCAUGAGCCAACACCAACACCAGCACAGAGAGAUGGCAGCCGCCAGAGCCGAGGGUGAGAACAACCCAGGCAGCCACAACCCGCCCAACCACAACCCGCCCAAGAUCCUGCCAGUGUCGGGAAAACUGGAGCAGGCGAUGCAGAACAACUCGGGCCUCGUUCGUCCCUCUGCCUUCAAGCCGGUGGUUCCCAAGAGCUUCCACUCCAUGCAGAACCUGGUGGGCCAGGCAGGAGGAGCUGGGAGCGAGGGAAAGACUGAGGCAAGGAGUGAAGGGUUCAGUGAGAGCAGAGGAGGCAGGAGAGGCAGGGAUGGACCAGGAGCAGAAUCAGGAGAGGUCCCAGAGGCCCUGCUCCUGGACCAGGACAGUCCAGUGAGGGUCAGCAGAACUGAGGGCGGGGGAAGCGGUAUUGAGGUGGUUCAGGGAGGGAUGUCUGACUCAGGGAGGAACUCCCUGACCAGCCUGCCCACCUAUACAGGCUCGGGCUCCGGUUGUGGGCCCCCGGCCGUCCUGGGGCCUCUCAGUGCGUCUACCAGCCACAUCAACAGAUUGGGCAUGGUUGGGGCAACUGCAGGGCUCGACAAGCUCGAAAAGCCUGGCUACCAGAACGGGCUCAGCGCCUCAGACAGCGGCCGGUCCUCCUCGGGGAAGAGCUCCUCGUCCUAUCAGAGGCUGAGCCACCUGAGCGACGCCCCAGCGCCUCUGCGCCCCUCCCCCUCGUCCGACGACGUCAUCCAGGACCUCGAGGACCGCCUGUGGGAGAAAGAGCAAGAGGUGCAGCAUAUGCGCAGAAACCUGGACCAAAGUGAGGCAGCAAUCAUUCAGGUGUUUGAGGAGAAGCAACGUGUCUGGGAGAGGCAGAUGGACGAGCUGAGACAGAACUACGCUUCGCGUCUGCAGCAGGUUACCCGUCGAGCUCAGCGCUCCCAGACCGCCCUGCAGGCACAGAUAGGCCGUCUGUCCCAGGACAAGAGGAGGCUCCAGGAGGAGAUGGCGGCUCUGUUGGCCCAAAGAGAGGAGCUGGAGAGAAAGUGUCUGGAUUACAGAAAGGAGCAGGCUGACAUCUUGCCUCGUCUGGAGGAGACCAAGUGGGAGGUGUGUCAGAAGGCGGGAGAGAUCUCGCUGCUGAAGCAGCAGCUGCGGGAGAGUCAGGCGGAAGUGACCCAGCGAGCUGGAGAGAUGGUGGCCCUGAGAGGCCAGCUGAAGGAGCUCAAUGCACAGCUGAGGGAGCGGGAGGAGACCAUGCUGGGACUGAAGGACUCCUACAGCACCAAGAGCGUGGAGCUGGAGAAGUGUGAGGGAGAGCUGAGGAGGACUCUGUCAGAGGUGUCCAUCCUGAGAGAGAAGCUGGGUGUAUUUGAAGCAGAGGUGCUUAGUUUAAAGCGGGCUCUCAAUGAAGUGAGCAGAGGAGCAGAAGUUGUGGUGAGCCCCAAUUUAGCUGCGGCGGGACUCUUGCCACCGUGGGGACUCGUCCACUGCCCACGAAACCCCACUGAGCCCUCAACCAACUCUCUCACCCCCACGUCGGACACGCUGCUGAGUCUGCAGAGCGAUGAAGCCAAAGCCCAAAGGCAGGAAGCCCAGAGGCAGGAGAGGCAGAAACGCGAAGAAGCUCAAUGGCGCGACGCGCAGCAGCGGCAGGAUGCCCACAUGCAACAGGACAUGCGAGUGCGCCAGGAUGCCCAAAUCAGACCGGACGCCCAACUGCGCCAGGAGGCCCAGCUCCGUCAGGAGGCUCAUCUCCGCCACGAAGCCCAACUACGGCAAGAAGCGCAGCUGCGCCAAGAGGUGCAGCUCCGCCAAGAGGCCCACCUCCGUCAGGAGGCCCAGCUCUGCCACGAGGCCCAAAUGCGCCAGGAGGCCCAGCUGCGUCACGAGGCCCAACUCUGCCAGGAGGUGCAACUCCGUCAGGACGGCCACCAGCCCCAGCGGGGACAGGAAGGUCACUGGGACGAGGCUGGGGAGCUGCGCAGACAACUCGAGCAGCUGCAGGCCGCAUUGCGGCUGGAGCGCCAGCAACGGGAGCGCCAGGCCCUGAACUUCGACCACGAGCGACACACCUGGCAGGACGAGAAGGAGCGGGUUUUGAAAUACCAGGCGCAGCUGCAGCUCAGCUACGUGGAGACGCUGCAGAAGAACCAAGCCUUGGAAAAACGCAUGACCCAGCUGGGAGCCAAACCGAACACAACGUCCACCACCACCACCAUCACCACUACCACCACCACCUCCCCCACCUCCUCCAAUUCUCCGCCCCCACCAGCGGCUCUCUCACCUCUGUCUCCCCAGACCACACCCUCUCUCUCUGGCCCCAUCGCCCUCACCAUCUCCCCUCCCUGUGAGGACCAGAAGGGCCCUCCGUCCCUCCACCAGCUUGCCAAUCCCUGGGCAGGACCCUCGCGCCUGGAGAGGAUAGAGUCCACGGAGAUAUAGAGACGGAUCCACGAACAAUUGUGCAGUUUGAUACAAGCCCGGUCACUUCAGCGUACAGUUGAAAACAUUUCAGUCUACAAUAGAAUAGAUCGGUACAGUGUGACAUACUCUUCGAAGGAACUGAAGACACCAAACAGCAACAGCGGCGACUGCAUAAUCCGUCAUUAUCAGUAACAAGCAGUUGAACUAUGUUCAAUCUAUCAAUGAUUUUUCAACCUCCUAAGCAGCCUUUCUCUCACAAGUUGCACACUACUACAUCCUACCGAAUCAGUGUUCACGAGAAGUGUGCCACACUGAUGGAUGGCAGAAAUCUAAAUGUUAAAUGACAAUGUUUAGAUGACAGCACUAACACAGGGGGUCAUUUCAUGCCCAUGCUAGAAAAGGACCAAGACAAUCAGGGAUAUUGUCAGAAAUCAUCAACCAGAACAUUAUGCGGUAUUUAUUCAUUGUAAGUCUGUGUCACUGGUAAUGUAAAAGUAGAAAUAGUGGUCAGAGUGUGUGAUGUUAACUUGCAUUUUUGGCCGGAGAGCGCCUUACUCCAUUUUUUUCCAGCACGUAUACGAAAAUAAUGCUAAUGCUGGAAACAGAUGAUAAAAAAAGAAUCAAGUGUGUGAUUAUCAUUUUUGGUGCUUUAAUUAUAAUAUCAGCAAACCAGUUAGACAAAGUGAUUACAGAUGGCUGGACAAUUUCAUUUAAAUACCAGCAGAUAUCGCCGUUGAAGGUCACACAGGCGGAUUAUUCUUGAUUGAGUUUAUUUCAUGCACAGGGUCCAACAUGCAUGACUCAUUUAAAUGCACCAUCAAUACCAACAGAGUUUAUAUUUUCUACAAACUGAAUGAAAUGGAUAUGUUUAGCAGAUUAUCAACCCCAACUAAAUAUAGAAUAUGUUUAUAGACGUGGGAGAACCUGAUUUGCCUUCUCAGCGGAUCGUCUGCGGUGACUAAAAACCAACACUAGAGGUCAUCGGAGGGCUGUUGCUGUCAGCUCAAAUUUCUUCUUAUUGCACCGCAAGAGGAAUGUGAAUGGAAGCACACAAUUGGAAUUUAGUUAUUAUGAUAAUUGUGUCAUUCACCUUGUGCAUUUACAGCCAAGAGAUCUCAGAAAUCAGUCAGUAUCCCCAAAGUUAAAAUGAAAUUUAUAGAAUGUAUGAUACACUAGAAAUAAAUUAUUAUAAUAGCUAUAGAUUGUGAAUGUGUGCGUGUGCGCGGGAGAAUGGGUGUGUGCAUGUGUGUAUACAUAUGAAGAGCUUCAGCUUAUGAGCUUGAGGAUAGAGGGACUAGUGGCAAUACAGCAAAGAAAGAUAUAUUGAGCGCAAAGGUUUUUUUAUUUCUUUUGUUUGGCAGGGUGGAGGGGGGGCAGUUAAGUACAGUAAAAUGUACAUGAAAACUUAUUUCAAGGGUAGUGAAACUGGAAACUGGGGAGUCUGUAUAACCUGGAAACUCUACUUUCUUCUGUAUAGUUCCUUUAGACAAAGAAGGGGGAUGAAAGGAAAAAAAACCUGAAAAAUGGAACGUCUACGUGUUUUUAAGGGAGCAUUCAGGCUAACUGCACUAUGUAGUGUCCUACAACCGAGUUAUGAUGUACAGUAGACUCAGAUGUGAAUAUCAUGGCUUUUAUAUGUGUUGUUUUCGCAAGCAUACAAAGAUGUUUCUCAAGAAAAUUAACUUAUCUCUAAGGUAUUAAAUAGUAUUAUCAACUUUAUUACUGUUAUUAUAUUAUUGUGAACUGACCAAGAAAAUAUUUGCCAUUAGAGCUUUCCUUUAUGUGUUUUUCUUUAACUGUGUAGAUAGUCUAACGGCCUAUCAUGAUGGUGCAAACAUAGCAACCCUGUCCAAAAAUGAUGUUCCUUUUGAUGUGAUAAAUGUAGUUACAGUAUUGCAUUGUUUAGAGAACAAAAUGCUACUAAUUUUAUACAUGUUUCGGAUUUAUUGUUUGCAUUUAUGUUACUAGUAUUGUUCUGGCUUGAUUAAAACCACCACUUUGUUCAAAUUCAGCAGAACUAAUAAAGAUAUGUGAAUAAUUCA